UGUCUCUCUGUCUAUAUAUACCACUCACAAUCUCCUUCCUUACCAUAAAUCACUUCACUCUACAAAACAACACACUUUGGUUCAUCAACUAUUUUGUUUCAACUCCUUCCUUAUUUUAAACUCUACUAAUUGACUCAAAAGAAAAACAAACAAGUCCCUAAAAUACUUUGAUAAUCAUGCUUAAGAUGGAGAUUAACGGUGGGGUCGCUACACCUACUGCUUCCGCUGUGGCCGUGGCUGCCGUGGCGGAAACCACCACUCCUGUUUCCUCUCCUUCUCCCACCUCUUCACCUCCACCGCCUCCUUCGCCACAGCAGCCGCCUCAACCGCCUGUUAUACUAAGCCCUUGUGCGGCUUGCAAGAUUUUGAGGCGGCGGUGCGCUGAGAAAUGCGUUUUGGCGCCGUAUUUUCCUCCGACGGAUCCGGCGAAGUUCACAAUCGCUCACCGUGUCUUUGGAGCUAGCAACAUUAUUAAGUUCUUGCAGGAACUUCCGGAAUCGCAAAGAACAGAUGCGGUUAAUAGCAUGGUCUAUGAAGCCGGAGCAAGAAUGAGAGAUCCGGUUUACGGAUGUGCGGGUGCAAUUUACCACUUGCAGAGACAAGUUAGUGAGCUUCAAGCACAACUUGCGAAAACUCAAGUAGAGUUAGUGGGUAUGCAACUCCAAAGAUCAAGUCUACUAGAAUUGAUAUAUAAAAUGGAGCAAACCAAGUUGUCAGCACAAGAGCAAGGACAACACAAUAUGUCCUUUGAGAGUUCGUUUGAGAGUGGCGAUGAGUUCAUUAGUAGCCCCGACGAAGUGAGCAAUGAUUUGGGAUUCCUUGAGGACAAUAACAACAACAACAUUGUCAACAAUAAUUCAUCCAUGUCGUGGUGGGAUCCUCUUUGGACAUGAUCAUAACUUAUGGUAUUAUUAGCUCACUUUAAAGCGCUUUAGUGGUUACUUCCAUAUGCAUAUUAAAGAUCUAGGAUAUGAUAUAUGCGAAGUUUUUUUUUUCUUUAAUUUGUGUAAGUCAACCAAUCAUGUAUAAUAAGCACGUAACAAAACUGCAUCAAACUUGUCAAACAUGUUACGUGCUAGUAUUAUUAUGUAGGGAUAUCAGACAAAAGAGUUUGUACUAUGAUUAAGAUUCUAAGAAUCUUCUCCUAACGCUAAUGAGAAGGAGAUAAUUGAGAUGCAUUUUUAAUUUAAUGAAAAUACCAUUUUGUAUA